AUGGAAAUUACCCAUAAUUUUCCUCGCCAUAUCCUCGAGCUCUCGCAAUGCCAAUAUGUUGAGAAUGCUCUCACGCAGCAUGGCAUGGCUGACUGUCACCCGGUCAGCACCCCUAUGGCACAGAACCAGAAGCUCAUCAAGCUCUCAGAGGCAGAGAUUGACCCAAAGCCUUACCAGAGUGCACUUGGCUCCCUUAUAUAUGCCAUGCUCAGCACUCGUCCCAACCUCACUUUUGCAGUGGACACAUUGAGCCACCAUGCCAUGAUGUCUGGCAAGGAGCACUGGAAUGCUCUCAUGUGA